CUUGAGGUUGCGGGCCUGCUUGGGGCGGAAGAAGUACGCCUCCCGCGGCCUGGGUACUCAGAGAAAGGAUCCAGGUUGCUGAGGGCCCUGGAGCGGAGGUGACUGGGACGUGUCAAGUAUCGUCGUCCCUCUCAGCUGUGGGUUAAGAGCAGCCCAAACACAAGCAUCUUCAAAAAAACUUAACAUGGGGUAUUUUCGAAAGUAGAGACGUAGGCCCCAUGUAAAUAAAAAUCACCCGUCUGUUCAGAUGCAGGAUUGAUGGUGGGGAUUAAUAUUUGAAUUAUUUCAAGAUGAGCUUCCUGUUGCCCAAACUGACUAGCAAAAAAGAAGUAGACCAAGCCAUAAAAAGUACUGCAGAGAAAGUGUUGGUUCUCAGGUUUGGGAGAGAUGAGGAUCCUGUCUGUCUGCAACUAGAUGACAUUCUCUCUAAAACUUCUUCUGACUUAAGUAAAAUGGCUGCUAUAUACCUGGUAGAUGUGGACCACACUCCAGUUUAUACACAGUAUUUUGACAUAAGUUAUAUUCCAUCUACUGUAUUUUUCUUCAAUGGGCAGCAUAUGAAGGUGGACUAUGGGUCUCCAGAUCACACUAAGUUUGUGGGAAGUUUCAAAACCAAACAAGACUUCAUAGAUUUGAUUGAAGUAAUCUAUCGGGGAGCCAUGAGAGGAAAGCUUAUUGUCCAAAGUCCCAUUGAUCCCAAGAAUAUUCCCAAAUAUGACCUUCUCUAUCAAGACAUUUAGCAUAUUAACCACUGUUGGAAAUGAAGAGAAUGGCAUGCAUUGAAACAGUGCCUGAAUCCAGCUGUGCUAUUUUCUGAACUCCCUCAGAAAUGUGUUCAGUAUCCCAGAAGAGAAGAGGUGUGACUUGUGUGUAUGAUGUCUGGCCCCUGAGCAGAAGACCACCCAGCGGCGCUCCCUGGUCUGAAGGGCUGAGCAUCUUCUCUCUGCAGGCCUCUAAGCAAUCAAGGGAUCAUGUUCAUUUUCCACAGGGUAGUUUUUCUAACUGUCCUGUAGACUGCUUUUUUUUUUUUUUUCCCUCAAGAUGAUACAGAAUCCUUCUAGACAUUGCAAGUACAGUUGAUUUAUCCAUGUUAUCUGAUGCACAAGUAAAUGGAAAGUCAGUCCUGUAAGAGAAAAAGUACUUCUUCUCUACCCUGGAUACACACACAAACCCCUGCCCAUUCUUCUACUCAUAUCCCUCCUACUCCCCCAGCUCCAGGCCUUUCUACUCCAAUCUCUCUUGGAAUAGUAAUUGUCUACUAAUAGUAGGCUUUUUUUUUUUUUUUUUGGAAUCUUUUGAACUGAGACUUUCAAAAAUGCCAUCCUGAGCCAGGCCCAGUGGUGCACACCUGUAAUCCCAGCUGCUUAAGCAGCUGAGGCAGUACUGCUUGAGCCCAGGAAUUCAAGGCCAGCCUGGGCAACAAUGAGACCUCAUUUCAGAAAGCAAAAAGACAGGUAAUGGUGAAAAACUGUCUUGGUUGUUCUUGAUAAUAUAAACUAGAUUUUGUGUUAUUAAAUUGCUCAAGAAGCAAGAACUUUAACAUCAUCCAGUACCCAGUUUGAGCUAAACAAAAACUUAACUACCCUUAGAGCAAAGCUUUCCCAGAAGUCUGAGUUGCUACCUCUUCCUGAGACAGAAAAUUGCAUUCAAGGG